AUGGAUCCAAAGAAACAAGAAAUACUAUCCACAACGGUGGAUUCAGAUCUUGAAAAGGCAUCAACCACAUCAACGAACAGUAAACAAAAUGGUGAUGUUGAGAAUAUCAAAGAAUUGAACCGUUCAUUAUCAACUCGUCAAGUUUCCAUGAUUGCCAUUGCAGGUGUCAUUGGGACUGGGUUAUACUUGGGGACAGGUAAAUCAUUGGCUCAAGGUGGGCCAUUAUCUUUAUUAAUAACUUAUUCCAUAAUGAGUCUUGAGGUUUAUUUGAUGAUGUUGGCAUUAGGAGAAAUGAGUGCAUAUAUGCCAAUAGCUGGAUCUUUUUGUACAUUUGCAAAGAAGUUUGGGUCAGAAUCGUUGGGGUUUGCUAUAUUGAUUAAUUAUUGGUUGAAUGAUGCAGUUAGUGUGGCAAGUGAUUUGACUGCAUUACAAUUAGUUAUGAAAUAUUGGACAGAUUUCCAUUUUUGGAUUGUUUCUUUAAUCUUUUGGGUUUUAUUAUUGUUUUUAAAUAUUUUCCAUGUGAGAUUUUAUGGUGAGACUGAAUAUUGGUUAGCUUUAUUAAAAGUUUUAUCAAUUAUUGCAUUUUUCAUUGUUAGUAUAGUGGUUAAUGUUGGUCAUAAUGAACAACAUGAAUAUAUUGGUUUCAAAUAUUGGUCAAUGGGUGAUGCUCCUUUUGUUGAUGGUUUUAAAGGUUUUGCUAAAUUAUUUGUUACAGCGUCAUUUGCACUUGGAGGUACAGAAAGUUUAACAUUAACAAGUGGUGAAAUGACAAAUCCUGUUAGAUCAACAAGAAUUAUAACGAAAACAGUUUUUUGGAGAAUUGUUAUAUUUUAUAUCUUUAGUGUUUUUUUCAUUGGUAUGAAUGUUCCAUAUAAUUAUCCAAAUUUAUUAACAAAAUCAGUUGUUACAUCACCUUUUACCAUUGUUUUCCAACAAGCUGGUUCCAAGAGUGCAGGUUCAUUUAUGAAUGCAGUCAUUUUAACUUCAGUGAUAAGUGCAGGGAAUCAUGCAUUAUAUGCUGGUAGUAGAUUAGCUUUCACAUUAGGUACUGAAGGAUAUUUACCAAAAAUUUUAGCAAGAAAGAAUAGAUUUGGUAUUCCAUACGUUGCAGUUUUAAUUACAUGGUUUGCCGGUGGGUUAUGCUUUGGUUCAUCAUUUAUUGGGGCUGGUGAUUUAUGGAGUUGGUUACAAAAUUUAGUUGGUGUUUCUAAUCAAAUUUCAUGGUUAUGUAUUGGUAUCACAUCUAUCAGGUUUAGAAAAGGUUUGGCCAAACAGGGGAGAUUACAUGAAUUACAAUAUAAGAAUUGGACAUAUCCAUAUGGUCCAUGGUUUGUAAUCAUUUUCACUUCAAUUAUAUUGUUGGUUCAAGGUUGGACAUCAUUUGCACCAUGGAAUGUUUCUGAUUUUUUUUCAUUUUAUUUAGAAUUGUUUGUUUUCCCUGUUUGUUUAUUGUUCUGGUGGGUCUUUCAUAGAAAAGAUCGUUUCAAAAAAGCUCAAGAGAUGGAUUUUGAUACUGAUAGAUAUAUUGAAAGUGAUGAAGAAAGGGAAUUGAGAGAAAAAUUGGAUAGUUUGAAAGGAUGGGCAAAAGUUAAAAGAAUUUUACAAGAUUUCUUCUUGUGA